AUGUCGUCCUCAGAGGACAUUAUCAUAGUUUCUCUACAUGAGUGGAAGCAGCGUCUGACUCCUCUCAAAGUCGACAUUGUCGGUGACUUUACUGGGAAAGAGCUGUUCGCCAUCCAUGGAGAGUCCUUGGUUGCUCACUGUGUCGCGACUGCAAACGUCGACUAUCUCGUACAACAGUCGGCUUCCAGCUACUUCCAUGCAAUCGAGGUCUUCCUGGCCAAACUCACGGAGCGGGGAUGCAACUUCCACAUCCUGUGGUUUGACAACCACCAAGACCUCGCGGCACCACCGAACGCCCCCAAGAGACUGGCAUACAAAUACUUAUUGACACGUGCUAUCUCCAAUGAGCUUCGUGUUCCCUUCAUCACGAGCCCCAAAUUCUUGGAGUACACCGACCACCACCGCCUUCACUUCGUCAUGAUGUCCCAAGGCAGAGCUUCGGAUAUCGACGCAACUGAGGCGGGCGAGUUCUUGAAAAUUAUGUUCCUGUUCGGCCUCCGCGGCUAUAGCCUGGCUUUCAUCGACGGUAUCGAGUUUCGGAGCUCCAAGGCAUAUACUCUUAUUGCAAUAACUCCAACCUCGGUGACAUUGCUACCUGUCACAGAGCCAACGCCGCUGCCGAAACUCGAUUCCGGUUGCAGACCGAUUGUCGAUCGUCUCCAGACUAUGCCUAAGUCCCGUUAUUGGCGAGUCCUCCGACACGACGGCGAAGUUGAGGCCCAAGAAGAAGUGGCGAUCAUUGCUUGCGCAGCCUUCUUGUUGAACAAAACCUGCUCGGAUUUACACAGCCACAGACUAGUGACCGCUUUCCUUUCGCACAUCGCCCUACUGAAGCACGCAACACUCUCACAGCGAGCUAUAGAGGCUUCACCAGAGCUGAAGAAUUAUUCAGGCAACGAAGAGUUUCUUGCGACUUUUGCUGAGGUCGCAAUCCACCUGAUCAAGCAGUGGCCCAGUCUAGAAGAAGAAAAACAUCUCAGUUGGAGAGUUUGUGAUCUCAUCGACGGUCGGCUCUACUGUCACGUAUUGGCGAGACUCCAAAUCCUUCAACUCCCAAGCGAUGCCGCUUCUGAAUAUGCAUCAGCUGUGAGACAACUGUCUGGCGUCGAUAUAUCCUACUGCAUGCCAAAUUCUGUUCGACAGAUUGAAGGUGGCCUGGGAACACUCGGCAGGGGCUACCAAACUCCAGACACUCAGUCUACCCUUGCCUUUAGCCAUCCCGUAUUGGAUAAGUAUCUAGAAGACAUCAAGUUGACAAGCCAACCCAUGACAGAGGAUGAAAGCUUCGAGUCCAAAGUCUUUCAAGAACUCUCUCACUGGCACAAUUCGAAGAAGAGCAUUGACCCAAAGCAUAUUCCAAAGCGCCGGGGAUUCUUCGCGAGCAAGAGAAACCAGAAAUACAUGGCCGACACGAUUGCUUACUCUGCUAGUCUUACCAAUUCUACUGGAAAGAGCAUUGACCCUGAGACGAUUGUCGUGAAGAAGACAGAGCUUCCCGUCAAGGCUAAGAAGCAAGCGGAAACAUUCAAAAGGAAAGGGCAAUCUGUCAGGAGUGGUACAGAGAGUGCACUCGAGACAUCGAGGAGAUUAAGAGAGGAGAAGACACAAGCCAGGACUGCCGUGAUUAUCAAGAACUGGGAAGAGAAAUGCCGGGACUUCGACAAGGACACACAUGUCUGUCAUCGCUAUUUGAGGGUCAAGAGCGCUAUCGGCGGCGAGGUCAUGUUGUACAUGUGCAACAUCCUUGGCCUCCAACUUAUUCGCAGACCCUCGGAAAAGGCUUUCAGCGAUUCAGAGUCGAGUAUUUUGGCGAUGAUCUGGGCCCAAAUCAAAGAGAUGACGUCCUUGCCCCUUGCCGUUGAGGUGAUACGCCAGGCCCAGUACUUGAUGAAGGCUUUGAAGUUCCCGCAUGAUGAACUUCACUGCGGGCCUUCUGUGCCCGUCAGCCAUCGUCUUCCAUUUACCUCAACGUAUGAGGCAUCAACCGAGCAUCUUCAAGUCCAGACGACUGGUCGCGAGUUUCAGUUGGCUCAUUGCGGCCCUUAUCUGGAGCGAAGAUUCGACUCCGCCCCCGACCCACGCGUUUCAUUCAGUCCAGAUGCCUGGCAACGGGAUGUACUAGACGCCAUUGACGAAGACAAGAGUUUUUUCGUCGUCGCUCCCACGUCCGCCGGAAAGACCUUCAUCUCAUUCUAUGCCAUGAAGAAGGUUCUACAGAACAACGACGACGACGCGCUCGUCUACGUGGCCCCCACCAAAGCCCUCGUCAACCAGAUUGCCGCAGAAGUUCAGGCUCGGUUCUCAAAGUCCUAUCGCCAUGAGGGCCGCUCAGUCUGGGCUAUUCACACUCGAGACUACCGCGUCAACAACCCCAAUGGCUGCCAGAUUUUAGUGACCGUUCCGCACAUUCUCCAGAUUAUGCUCCUGGCGCCGACCAAUGCGCAGAAUGAGAGAUCCUGGGCUCGUAGAGUCAAGAGAAUCAUCUUUGACGAGGUCCACUGCAUUGGCCAGGCCGAAGACGGCAUCAUUUGGGAGCAACUUCUGCUUCUUGCUCCUUGUCCCAUCAUUGCCCUAUCUGCAACGGUGGGCAACCCACUCGAAUUCAAAGAGUGGCUUGCACGAACCCAGAAAGCCAAGGGCUUUGACCUUGAAAUGAUUGUUCACUCGGCCAGAUACUCUGACUUACGCAAGUUCUUAUAUCAGCCGCCCUCUCAACUAGAGUUUGAAGGCUUAGAGCCAGUUGAGCGUUUGCCGAUCCCCGGUUUGGACGCUGAAGCAGGAGAAACCUCGCGAUUCAUGUUUGUGCAUCCGGUCGGAAGCAUUAUCAACAAGAAUCGCGAGACUCUUGACGAUGCCAGUCUCGAGCCCCGCGACUGUCUCCGACUCUGGCUGUCCAUGAUGGAAUCUGAAACCGAGUCAUAUCGUAUCAGUCCUAGCCUCAAGCCUGAGAUUGCGUUGCCAGAGUUAGUGAAAAAGUCGGACAUUAUCAAAGGUAUACAGGAGGCUCAAACAAAGGGCCCUUCAUCAGCGACAGACUUUGGAAAUCCCGAACUUGUCGCGGACAUCUACGGUGAUUCUACGUUCUCGCUCCUCGUUGAUCUCCACUCCCGAGGCGCCCUGCCAGCUAUCCUUUUCAAUUACGACCGGCUGGGAUGCGAGAAGAUCAUUAUCAAGCUUCUUCAAGUUCUUGAAGACGCCGAACAAAAGUACCGUCGCACAAGUACAGAGUGGGCAAGGAAGAUGGUCGCAUAUCAAAAAUGGAGGCAAGUCAAGGGCAGCAAAGCUGCGAAGAAAAGGGCCAAAACUACCAUGGCAGCAGGGGCUGCAAGCUCCAAGGAAGAAAGACGUGCUACAAAGGAUUCUGGUGCAGCCCUGAGUCAAACUGAUCUUGUACGGGAAGACGCGAACCGGGAUUUCAGCUCAUGGGAAGGUUUUGAUCCCAAGGCGCCGCUUCCGCAAUACAAUUUCGCGGACACUACCAAGCUCACAGUUGAAGAAUUGGAGGUCCGCAUCAGGUCUCUGGAUGAUUUGGGCAUCAAACCUCGCCUUAUCGAUGCCCUUCGUCGGGGACUUGGUGUUCACCAUGCUGGCAUGAACCGGCAGUACCGCCAAGUGGUGGAAAUGUUGUUCCGCAAGGGCUACUUGACGGUCGUUAUUGCGACCGGUACUCUCGCUCUCGGCCUGAACAUGCCUUGUAAAACUGUUGUUUUUACAGGUGACUCGGUAUUCCUCACGGCUCUCAAUUACCGACAGGCAUCUGGACGUGCUGGACGUCGUGGGUUCGACCUCCUUGGUAACAUCGUCUUCCAUGGCAUCCCCCAUCAUCGUACCAUGGAAAUCAUCUCAUCGCGGUUGCCCGAUCUCAAAGGUCAAUUCCCCAUUUCAGUUACUUUGGUUCUCCGGCUCUUUACCCUGCUGCAUAGCACGAACAACUCCCAGUAUGCUAUCGAUGCAGUGGAGUCUUUGUUGACUCAGACACGUCUGUUUCUUGGCGGGCCUAGCUCGCAAAUGACCGUCAAGCAUCACCUGCGCUUCUCCAUCGAGUAUCUCCGACGUCAGCAACUUCUCUCUCGAAUAGGAGCACCGCUCAACUUCUCGGGUCUGGUGGGCCACUUAUACUUCACUGAGAAUGCUGUGUUUGCUCUGCACUCCCUGCUCAAGGAAGGCUACUUGCACAAGCUCUGUGAAGACGUUGGCAACCCAAGUAAGCGGGGACAGGUCAUUCUCACUUUGGUGACGGUAUUGUGUCACCUCUUCUGCCGAAUUCUUUGCAGCAAAUACAAAAACCGGCAGUGGCUUGAGAAUGUCGUACAUCGAUCGCCUUCCACUGUCCUUCUGCCCAGGCUCCCAAUUGAGGCCGAAGCCGUUCUCCGAGGUCACAACGAGGAAACACUGAUAAUUUUCAAGACCUACGUGCACACAUUCAUUGAACAGAAUCUCCAGGACUCUCCAGAUGACCAGCUUCCUUUCACCAAGCGCCGCGUGGGAGCCGUCGGAGAGGCCUCGGCCAAUAUCUCAACGGCACACCUUCCGAUGCUGCCUUAUUCGACUCUUCGAUCCCCUUUCUCUGCACUGUCAGGCUUCACGGACGACUUCGCCACAAUCCACGAGUUGUGCGACACAGUUCGCGCUGGCGUCUUCCUGGACGAAUCGGCCAUCCCGUACAUCCCCAUCUACCCCGAAGAGACGGACAAUGUGCCCUGGAACGCGUACAUCUAUGACUUCUUCAAGCACGGUGAUCUUAAUACUCUCGUACGAGACAACGAGAUCAAGGGCGGCGAUGUCUGGUUUCGUCUCAAAGACUUCUCACUCAUCUUGGCCACCAUCGUCACAAGCUUGGAGAAUAUUCUGGGCCGAGUCGAUGCGGAUGACGCAGACAUGAUCGAUAUUCAGGAUGUUGGCGAUGCCCUUGAAGAGGGAAGAUGCAGUGAGGGAUCGGAUGCACACUCCCCGAAGAGGCAUGCAGCCUCAACUGCUACUGUGAACGCAAAGGCAAAGUCCCAUUCUAGCAAAUCCAAAGAAACAGUGGCUGAAUCAUGGGAAGACCUAUCGGAUAGCUCCUCGGACGAUACUGACCACGCGAGUGGCAGCUCAAGCAGAGCCGGUCAGACUACCGAGUCAGAAGGAACGUCUUUCGGUUCAGGCCAGGAAAAGGGAGGCGGUGAGGGUCUUAUUAAAGUUCUCAUGAUUUUCAAGAUCCUACAGCAGGUGUUCGAAGACAAGUUCAGAAAGGUAUGGGCAUGA